ACGUAAAACUGACGCAUCCCUCUCCUUGCCUUCUCUCAAUUGCGUCACAGUGAUCGUCGAUCGAUCAUAUCGUCACAGGAUUUCUUGAACUUGAUCUGCCUUCUGUGAUUUUUAUAUACUCAGGAUCGGCGAUUGGAUAUCGAAUUUCUGGGUUAUGUCUGGUUGCGGAUUAGGGGGUUAGAGCAUCGAUUGUCUCGUUCUGGUUUGAUAAUGGCGAUUUUUGGAUUUUGAUGGUGUGGAAUCAAGAGAUAAUGAAGAUCUCAUUUCAUCAUGUGGAUAUCAUAUGGGUUUCUGGCUUUUAUCUGGCUGAUCUCUGUCUAGCUUUUCUCUUAGGGUUCGUUAUGUGGGGAAUCACCCAAUUUCUUGAACUGUAAAGAAUCCAGAAAUCAGCUAAUUUGUUUUAGUAUCUUUUAUAAUGCUUCCUCUGACACCGUUCAGAGACUUUCGUUCUGAUCAUGUUUAAGGGGUCAGCGCAAGCAGAAUAGCCAGAAAUUCUGGAUAUUCAUUGAAAUAGCAUCCGUGAGUUAUCACUUAUUCAUUGCUAUUGUGUUUUGUCUUUCUAGUAUGGAUACUAAGAUCGCGACCGUUCCUGGAAGACUUGGAGGAGGACCUGCACAAACCAAUGUUGUUUGCCAUUUUUGGAAGGUGGGAAAGUGUAACAGGAAUCCUUGUCGGUUCAUGCACAGAGAAUCACCACCUCCUAAAGUUUACCAUAGAACUCCUAAGCAAACAAGUGUUUCACUGGUGGAACGACCAAAGAGGAGCUUCAGCUAUAGUCUUAAUGAUUCAGCGGAUUUCAGUGGUGGGUCUGAGGAGAAAAGAGCUCAGAAGAUCUCCAACCAUGUCAUUGAGGAUCCACCUAGGAAACGCUUCAAUUCUAAGAACCCUUUGGGUUCAACCACUAGAGUUGGUGGAUCUGAAUAUAGAUGUUCUCGUGAGAGCCCCACUUCUAGAACAGAGGAGGUGAAUAUGAAGACGAUAACAGUAUGCAGGAAAUGCCCUGAGAAUCCGUCACCUUCAAAAUCUGGAGGUGAUGUUGCUGAAGGUAAAACUAUCAAGAAGAGCUCAAAAAAGUCUUGCGAGCACUGGAUGUCAGGGACUUGUGUUGAAGGUGAUGGGUGCCAGUUCUUGCAUUCAUGGUCUGAUGGAAAUUGGUUCUCAAUGCUGACAAAGCUCCAGGGGCAUAGUCAGGCCGUCUCUGGAAUUGCACUUCCUUCAGGAUCUGACAAGCUGUACUCAGGUAGCAAUGAUGGAACUGUACAUGUUUGGGAUUGCCAUACUGGUCAGUCUACAAAGGUUAUAAAUCUUGGUGCCAGAAUUGGGACUUUAAUUAGUGAAGGCCCGUGGAUAUUUGUUGGCUUGCCAAAUUGUGUUAAGGCAUGGAACCUCGAAACAGGGGCUGAAUUUAGUCUCGAUGAACCAGUUGGGCAAGUUUUUGCUAUGGAUGUUGCUGUUGAUAUGCUUUUUGCUGGGGCACAGGAUGGUUCCAUUUUGGCAUGGAAGGGUAGUACUGAGAACCCAAUGGCUCCAUUUCAACUGGCCAAAUCUUUGAAAGGCCACACUGGCACAGUGACAUGCGUAACUGUUGGAGAUAAAAGGCUGUACUCUGGUUCCAUGGACAAUACAAUAAGAGUGUGGGAUCUCAGUACUUUACAGUGUAUUCAUACUCUAAAUGGGCAUACUGAUGCUGUGAUGUCUCUUAUUUGCUGGGAGGAGUAUCUGUUAUCUUGUUCAUUGGAUCAGACAAUAAAAGUCUGGGCUGCUACUGAAGAGGGCAACUUAGAAGUGAUCUAUACACAUAACGAGGAACAUGGUGCUAUUGCUCUUUGUGGGAUAUACGAUACAGAAGCCAAACCAAUUUUGUUAUGCUCUUGUAAUGACAAUUCGGUUCGUCUGUAUGACCUGCCAUCAUUCAAUGACAGGGGCAGAAUUUUCUCAAAAAGAGAAAUUGGAACAUUGCAUGUCGGUCCAUAUGGCCUAUUUUUCUCUGGUGAUAGAACAGGAAUGCUCAACGUAUGGAAGUUGGUGGAAUCGCACAAAGGAGUUUCACAAAUAGCAUAAUAUCUGUAACUGCAUAGCCUGUACAUAUUUGGCCCUCUCCUUCUAAUUUCCUACGUAGGAGGAAGAGGAAGAAGGGAGAGAGAGAGCAAUAGCUGUUAAUGCGAAAACAGACUCCGUGAUAUGUCUUUUUUAUGGGGUUCUGGGUGCUGUCGUUAGGAUUUUCUCGACCACUAGGAAAUCCUAGUAUUUCAUAUUCGCCCCUUUUCUUAGAAGAACUCCAUGUAUUGACACUGCUGUAAUGUUCUUUGACUGAGGAAUGGAUUUCCUUUUUUCAUUUUCCCCA